AUGUCUCAUCGAAAUAUAAUUUUUGUGACAAUUUUCCUGAUUUUUCUGUACAAAGUGAGUGGAAAAGUGAUUAAGAAUGAAAGGCCUAAUAUUGUUAUUAUCUUAGCGGAUGAUCUUGGAUCCUACGACAUCAGUCUAAGGGGCAGUAAUCAAAUUCUAACUCCUAACAUUGAUGCUCUGGGCUAUCAAGGGGUCAUUCUCAAUCGACACUACACCCCUGCACUGUGCUCACCUUCACGUGCUGCUCUCCUAACUGGGAAGUAUCCUAUUAACACAGGAAUGCAACACUCUGUGAUCGUAUCAGAUGAACCAUGGAGUGUACCGCUGGAAGAAAAGCUCCUUCCGCAGUAUCUGAAGGAAGUCGGCUACCAAACUCAAAUUGUGGGGAAAUGGCAUCUUGGUUUUGCAAAGAAAAGCUUCCUUCCCACAAGGAGAGGCUUUGAUUCGCACGUAGGUAUCCUAGGACCAUCAAUUGGCUACUUUGACUAUGCCAUGUGGUACACCUAUAGGCCCUAUCCACCUGGAUUUGACUUCAGACGCAAUGAAACCGUUGAUCGUAGCGUGAUCGGAGAAUAUGCAACGGACGAUUUAACGCGGGAAGCCGUUAAAGUUAUUGAAGAUCAUAAUCCUAAAUUUGGACCACUUUUCCUCUAUUUCCCCCAAGUUGCUCCACAUUGUGGUAACCCAAGCGAACUAUUUGAAGCAAUUCCUGAAGAUCUGGCAACAGUUACGCACAUCAGAUCACGCGAUAGAAGAACCUACGCUGCUAUGGUGAAGGCGUUAGAUCGUUCUGUUGGAGAAAUUGUAAAAGCUCUGAAAAACAACAACAUGCUCAAGAAUACGAUAAUCCUGUUUUACUCUGACAACGGAGGUCCUACAAUAGGUCCGCACUCUGUACCAGGAUCAAACUAUCCGUUAAGAGGACAAAAGAACAGCCCUUGGGAAGGAGGUGUGGUAAGUCCUGCUCUUGUAUGGAGUCCACUCCUUCAGAAGCGUCACUACGUCUCCAAUCAUGUAGUACAUUCAACAGAUUGGCUGCCAACAUUCAUCCAUGUUGCCGAUGCAUCAAGCUGCAACAUGAACAUCGAUGGAAUAAACAUCUGGCAAACAGUAUCCAUGAACAAGCGUCCCUCAAGAAGGGAAAUCCUCCACAACAUUGAUCCAAUUAUUGGCUACUCGUCCUACUACAGCGACGGUUGGAAGUACAUCAAUGGGACAACAGCAGUUGGCAAGUAUGACUACUGGCUGGGAGAAAUUCACUACGAGAAUGACCCGAAAUCCUCGCAAUAUGCCGAUAUUGUCAUGAAGACUGAUGUUUGGAAAGCCUUGAAUCCAUUUGCAAAAAGAAAACUCCGAGCACGUGAUGUGGAGGCGUUAAGGAAGAAAACUGCAGUUAACUGCGGGAAUCAGAGUUCACGCACACGAUGUAAUCCCUUGGAAGCUCCAUGUUUGUACCACUUGACAAGAGAUCCGUGUGAGAUUAAUAAUUUGGCUGAGAAGCAACCGAGGAGGCUUCAGGAAAUGGCAAGGAGAGUGGAUGAAUUCAGGGAUAAUAUGAUGCCUCCCAAAAAUCUUCCUGCUGAUCCUAAAUCCAAUCCAGACCUCCAUGAUGGCGUAUGGACUUGGUGGUUGGAGUUUGAAUAA